AUGGAAUCUUUAUACCCGGCUGAGGCUCGGCCUAACGACAUUUUGAUCGAAAAAGAGCCAAACUGGGAUGAAGAAGAUCACAUCCUUACUCAACUAACCUGUCUUUGCCUGGUCGGCAUCGAGGAUCCCGUACGGCCCGAGGUGCCGGCCGCCAUCGCCCAGUGUCAACGAGCUGGCAUCGUGGUACGCAUGGUGACGGGAGACAACAUCAACACGGCUCGUUCGAUCGCCAGCAAGUGUGGAAUCCUUCAGCCGGGCGAGAACUAUUUAGUGCUCGAAGGCAAAGAUUUUAAUCGGCGCAUCCGCGAUCGUCACACUGGUCAAGUACGCCAGGAUCUGUUCGAUCGUGUCUGGCCAAAUCUGCGAGUUUUGGCGAGGUCGUCUCCACAGGUGAAUGCUUUAGUAAACAAGUGGAUGAUCUAG